CUAUUAAAAGAAAGGCCCUCAAAUUAGCCCAAGUAAAACUUAAAAAGGUAUUGCAUAUGCGUGCGUUAGUGGCUAGGCUGAGGCUUGCUAUUGUCGCCUUCAAACUCAAGCUGCCUCCGCUAUUGGGCGCCAGCCUUAACUCUCAAGACCUCAAACUCCGGUAUUCCUUCCCGUAGUUGGGCAUAAACAGCAUAAACACAAACAAUACACAAUACGACAAGGGUUAGAUGUCGUUUAAGCUCAUCCGGGUUUUCCCCAUUGUGUAAUACGGCAUGGUCGUCAUAGCCAACUUUAAUUCUAGACUUUCUUUAAUCUCGCCUAUCCCAUCCUAUCCCUCGGCCCCCCUCACUCUUUUACAAUGGCCGGGUGGGAGAGCCGCAAGAAACUUCAUGAGUGGAGAAUCAUGCAAUAUCGAGGCCGUAAUAAAGUCCUAAAGGCAUCAAAGGAUCCUAUCGCACGAGCCCGGCUCUAUGCCGAGAUCCCGUCCCCGAAAUCCGCAGGACUCCACAUUUCAGAGUCGGAUCGAAUUUCGGCCUUGACGUCCCUUCCGGCAUUUCUCUUCAACGGCCCCGCAGUAGAUCCCGGACGAUCCCAGAUCACUAGUCAAGGGCAUCACUCUUUCCUUGCCACUUUUCCCGCCGAGGUCCGGAAUAUUAUGUACUACUACGCUAUCGGCUACCCUACAUGUCGAAGUCUAUACGACUACUACUACGACCAGAAGGAAAAGGCUAAGUCUAAGAUUGAGCUACGACCGCGCUCUGCUAACACCAAAGUAUCGCGCCACUCCAAGAUCAUUCUUCGGACGCCUACCAUCCUCCUUCUCUGCAGGCAGAUAACAAGAGAAGCACUCAGCCUUCUGUGUUUCCAGCCCUUCGUCAUCGACCGCAUCCCGCCCUGGAUCAUGGGCAACUCAUCACCCCUCUCCAUAGUCAACUUCAUCAGCAGAGCAACAUUGCAAAAUCUCCGAUUCGUCCAAAUCAAAAUCUCGCUCGGUGAUAGUAGUGAGUUCGGAAGCGGGAAGGUCUGGCUUAGGCUACUGGACGACAUACUGGAAGCCUGGUCGGAACGCAAUUCCCUCGUUCGAUUAGAAGUCAUGUUCAAGCUCUCGCAUGUUACCAGGCAUAACAUGUGGAUCUACGAACUGGACGAUUACGAAAGGCUUGUGGACAAGCUUAGUUACUUCGAGUUCAAACACGGAUCAAAACCAGGCUUGAUUCGUUGGGAACAUUGGGUUAUAGAUUUCGACUAUGCUUACCGAGUCGGGCAUAGAAAUCCCUUGGUUCGAGUACAUCCUGACCCAUACAUAUGGCAAGGGAGCGUUAUCGAAUGGCUCUAAGCAAGUAUCAGACGCUUAAAACUACGGCUAUAUAGCCCAUAAUGAAGUCCCUCGUUAUCAAGAGGAAUACGAACAUCACGAAACGGGGUAAAGGCAAGAACGAGUGGAUUUUACAGACAUAUCCGCACAACCAUACGGCGUUUGGAAGGCAUAUACCCAGGUUACGAUUUGGUUUUUACGGAGAGUUUUUCUCUUCUCCAAGUAAUCUUAUAAUAUUAUCUCGAUGAGAUUCCAUAAUUAAGAAUGAUUUACUUUACACUACGCUGACGUAUAUGGUUUAAUAUUGAUAUUGGAGAACCUAUGGAAAUAU